UAUGUAUGUUUUUUUUUUUUGCUUUUGAAAUAUUUGUGUGUCUCUAACUGUGUCCACUCUUUGCAUGCACACGACCACGCCCAUGACAACGAUCUCACGCCCACACACACAACUAACAAAAUAUCGAAAUCGAAUGAAAAUAAAACAACAACAACAAAGCAGAUAAUGCCCAUGCAGCAUGCGCCAAAGUACGAUCCACCACGUUACACCUGUCCCAACUCCAUGUUGUCACUGCAGCAGCCGCAACCAGAGCAACAACAGCAGCGACAAUAUGCGCUCUACUCGCAGCAGCCGCCGCUGCCGCAGUUGCCGCCAAAGCCGGCGCUGCGCAGUUAUCUGAAGCCGCUGCCCAAGCUGCCGACCGACCUGGAGGAGAGCCGCGAAAUGUCCUCGACGGAUGAUCUGAGCUCGCGACCGCAUUCGCCCUCGAUGAGCAGCAGCGAUGAAAGCUACUCCAAGACGACAGAGGGUGAAGGCGAUGCCGAUGAGGACUCGCCACGCAUCAAUGGCGGCCAUCUGCAGCGUCCGGCGGGGCUGCCCAAUGGCGUCGGCUUCAAUGGGCAUGUGGCGCGCGUCAAUCCGCUGCAGUGGCUCUACCCAUGCGACAUCCAAGUGGAUCCCAGCUCGCCGGACAUGCAGCUGGACAUGCAGCAGCUGCGCGACUUCGAGCUCAGCUCCACAACCGAAAGCCAUGGCCAGCAGACCACCAGCAAUACCACAAGCAACACCACGCAGCCCAAGAAUGGAGGCGAUAGCUGCAAUAGCUUCGAUUAUCAGAAGGCGGCGGCUAGCCAAGCGGCGAAUGGAGCGACGGCGGCGGCGGCUUUGGCCAGCAAGUCGCCAUUCGAGAGGGAACUGCAAAGACUGCUUAACGAAUCUUCGCGUGGACGCUGCCUCAACGCUGCCAACAGCACGGAGCAUGCCAGCAGCAAUGGCGGCGGCCGAAAUCUGGAGCUAAGCUACUCGGCCAGCAACAGCAAGCUGAGCUCGCUGAAUGGGCAUCAUGGCCAGCUCCCUGCUGCGACGACGGGCGGCAGCAAUGGAAAUCUCAGCGGUGGCAGCAACUCUAACAGCGGCAACAACAACAACAGCAGCAGCAGCAGCAGCCAUCAUCAGCAGCAGCAGCAGCAGCACAAGGAGCAGCUGGAGGCAGCGCUGGAGGGCAAGUUGCCAGUAAGCAACAGUUUCAUGAUAUCCAAGCAUCCAGUCGGCCUGGACGCCAUCAAGGAGAUAACGCGACACAAGAAUCCCUCCGAGUCCAGCCAAAUGCAAACAUCGGACACGGAGUCCUGCGAGAUACUGCACGAGACGCGGAAUCAGCUGCAUGCCCUGGCGCUGCUGGAGCUGAAUGCAGCAGCCAAGGAGCAGCAGCAGCAGCAGCAGCAGCCACAGCGAGCGCAUCGACAACGUCCGCGCUCUAAGGAGCUGCAGCAGAGCUACGAGAGUCUCGAUGGACGCAGUCUGGAUGGCGCUGAGACGCAGCAGCAGGCGCCGGCGCAGCGGCCACGUCAUCAUCAUCAUCAUCAUCACCACCAUCACCAGCACCAGCACCAGCACCAGCAGCAGCAGCGACAGGAGAAGCAACAACAACAGCAGCAGCAACGUUUCAAUCAUGUGGAGCAGGAUGAGCACGAUGAUACCGAAGAUAAUCUGGCUGAUGAGGAGUUUGAGGAUGAUGAGGUGGGUCGCGAUGUGCGCCAGAAGCAGCUCAAGACGCACGAGCAGAGCGAUAAGCAGGCCGAACAGCAGCUGGAGCAGCAGUCAGAGCUGAGCAAGGAGAACGAAUCGCUGGCCAAUGGCCGCCUGCGCUUGGAGUCGAAUGUGAUAAACGAUGAGCUCAAGUAUGGCGCGGCGCAUCAUAACCAUCAGUCCAUGGACUCUAAUCCACUGGAGAGCCAAUCGGAGUGGUCGGACGACGAUUGCCGCGAGGAGGCGACAGGUGGCGCCGAGUCAACUGGCUAUAUAACCGAUGAGCCAGGGCUGGAGAAUAUAUCGCUGCUGAACGAGGCGGGACUCACCGAUGCCGAGGGCGCCUUGUCCGACGUCAAUUCGCUGUACAAUGCGCCAGAUGUGGACGACACUUCGGUCUCCAGUCGCGCCAGUUCGCGUCUGCUCAGUCUCGACUCGCUGAGCGGCCUCUACGAUUGUGAUCUGGACUCCAAGCAUGAGCUGGCCAUAGUGAAUGCCUCGCACAAAAUCACCAAAUCCUUUGGCCCGCCCUCAUCGCCAGCGUCAACAGCAACAGCCCAACAGUCGCCACAGCAUCAGCAGCAGCAGCAGCAGCAGCAGAAGCAACCAGAGCAGCAGCAGCAACAAGGCUAAGGCCAUGAAUUGUGUACUUAAGCAAAUUGUUGUUAAUUGUAUUUUCUUUGUUAAUGGUGUGUCUAUUAUUAAGCUAAACAAUUGUACAGGAACAAGUGCAACAUUUAGCGCUUUCCACAACUUACUGUAGUCUCUAUGUAUGGCACUCUCUUUGUAUAGGUUUAAGCGCUUUUUUUUUAAUAAUUAAAACAUAUACAUAGUAUAUAUUACGUAUAAUACAGUUUAUCAAGUAGUUAUAGCUAUAUAGUCAUUGGUUAUCUUAAUGCAAAUUGGCCCAGUUGAAACGUUCCAGUUGCACGAAAAAAUUAAUUACAAUUUGCACUACUUAUAUAUUAAAUAUAUAGCAACUAUAUGUUUAGCUUAAGCAACACACACACAUACACACAUGCACACGACAAAUAUUAUUAUGUUAACUGUUUGUGCGCUUAGCCACUUUAAGACUUUGAUUUGCUCAUUUUAUAAUUACAUAUAUAGUUAUAUAAUAU